GCCGCCAUCUUGGCUCCUCCGCGGGCGCCGCAGCCGCCGCUGGAGUUUCCCGGCAAAAUGUUUUUAACAACAGUAUUACUGCGGAAGAGAAUUCCUGGAAAACAAUGGAUUGGGAAGUACAGGCGACCACGACCGAUUACCAUUUCGAUGAAGCAAGCAAUGAUCCGAAGGUUGGAAAUUGAAGCAGAGAAUGAAUAUUGGCUCAGCCAACCUUACCUGACACCGGAACAGGAAUACAAACACAACACAGAAGAAAGACGUGCAAAGUGGGAAGCUUUCAAAAGCCUGAAACAAGCCAAGUUUCCGGAGCACAGAUACAUCAGUGAUCAUUUAAACCACUUAAAUGUGUCAAAGAAGUGGACAUGUUGAAUAUUACAACAUAUUUCUAUUUGGCACAUGUCAUGCAGUACUCUGGGAUCUGCUGUCAUACCUGUUGUGGUAAUUCACUGUAAUUAGGGUGGGUGACAAAUGAGACUUUGCUGUGGUGUACAAAAUACUACAUUAAAAGUAGCUCUCUGGAACAACCUAUGUUUUCUUACUGCUUUGUGAGGUUUUUUGUGUGGCUCUUUACCAUCUGCCCACCCUCUGUUCUUAAGGGCUUAAACAGCAAGUUACCAGGUGCAGUGGUGGUGAUAAAUAACCUUGUUUAUAGUUUCAGUGAUUGCCUUCUGAAAGCCUGGAGAAUACUCCUGCUGUGUUGAAAGGACUCACCUGCUGGUACUGGCCACAUGGCUUGGGCCCUCUCUCCCUUCCUCAGGGAUUGUUCUAUGUACACCAGUACUUGAGACACAACUAUGACACUUACCAUCAGGCAUGCAAGGACCAAGGGGAACUAGAACUGCAGAAACAAGAGGAUAAGCUGGAAUUCAUGGGAUGUUAUAAAAUGUUCCAUUUUAAAUAAACUUUCUGGAAAGAAUUGAUUUUAACUGCCAGUGUAAUUGUCAUAUCAGUGUCAACUUAGCUAUUACAGCUCUCUUACAGAGAUUGCUCCUGAUCUAAAAGGAACAUGGCUGAUUCCUGUUUGAGCAGUUGACCUCUAAGUCAGGUUUAGCGUCCUGAAGGAAUAAGGUAGGCACAGUUCAGGCUUUUUAUUUCUCCACAAGACCCAGUGACCUGGAAGAUGUGUCAAGAGUGAGUGUAAUCUUAGGUUUGUUGCAGCUGGAGUGUAAAAACUGGAGCAAUGGUG